CCAUGGAGCGGCCCGGUAGCCCAGCCAAACUGAGGAAAAGACUCAGUCGGCCUGCCUAAAACCCUUACACGUCUCCGGCGGCCGGAGUUGAGCGCCGCCCCCAUUCCUCCGGCGCCGUCGCGAUGGCGUCCAUCCUGCCCCGGCUGCUCCUUCGCCGCCGAAGGACUCUGCAACCCGCCGCCGCGGGUCUACGCUCCCUACGGUUCGUCGCCUCGCCUCCUCUCGACGGUCCAAUCGCCAUCAGUUCCCCACGCCUCGGCGCACUGCUCGAGCGUUCCCGUGCUGCUGCUGGAUUCGCGACAGCUGCGCGGAGACAUUCCCCGGCGAGGCACGGGAGCACGGCGGUGACGCUGGACACGGACGGCGGCUUCGCGCGCUUCUCGGCCGGAGACGAACCGCGCACGACGCAACCGCAGGGGGAGAAGAAGCAGAAGAUGUCGAAGAAGUCCAAGGUGAACCAGCUCAAGUGGUUCCGCCUCAAGGCCAAGAAGAAGAUGAAGUCGCCCAACCCCGAGGUCCGGAUCAGAUACAAGCUCGACAAGGCGAAGAGGAAAGAGGAGUGGCUGAUCGAGAAGCUCCGGAAGUACGAGGCGCCCUGUAGGGGUCCGGCGCCGGUCCACGACCCCGAGAUUCUGACCGAGGAGGAGAAGUUUUACCUCAAGCGAACCGGGGAGAAGAAAAAGAACUACGUCCCCGUCGGGAGGCGAGGGGUGUUUGGCGGCGUGGUCCUCAACAUGCACCUCCACUGGAAGAGGCACGAGACCAUGAAGGUGGUUUGUAAGCCCUGCCGGCCUGGCCAGGUGUACGAGUACGCCGAGGAGCUGGCCAGGCUCAGCAAGGGGACUGUCAUAGAUAUUAAACCAGAUAAUACGAUUAUCUUCUAUCGUGGGAAAAAUUAUGUGCAACCGAAGGUUAUGUCGCCUCCUGAUACUCUGUCCAAGCAGAAGGCUUUGGAGAAAUAUAGGUAUGAACAAUCUCUUGAACAUACCAGUAAAUUUAUUGAGCAGCUGGAGAAGGAGCUUGAAGAUUACCAGAAGCAUGUUGAAUUAUUUAAGAAACGUGAGGGGGCUAUUGCUGAGGAGAUCAGUAACGAAGACACUGAUGGUGAUGAUCUCACAUCUAGCUCAGAUACUGAAUGAAUCUUCUUGAUCAAUUGGCACCUUGGCACAGAUCCUUUCACAAUGGAGAUUUGAUACUGCCCUAAAUCUGAGUGCAUCUGGUUUGCCAUCACUUUCCCAAAUUUUUGGUAGACAGGGUGUGGCAAGCAUUCGGUCUUCUCUAGCAGUGUACCCCACCUGUCAUAGACUGAGCUCUAAGAGUUGCAAUGAGAGAUACUGAAGUUCAGAGUCAGCAGCAUUUUGACGCAACAUGAGCUUUGGAUGCUUGUGUCGGCCGAGAUGAGUUGUGUUUGCAGCUUUCAUCAGAAAUGAGCUUCCUUGGAUCAUCACUAGUGAAAAUCAACUUGGGUGUCUUUUGGAGAAGGAUCUGCUCAAAUGGAAACAUUGUAAACUAUCUGUGAAAUGGUACAAGCACUGUUAAUUCUGUCAGAAGAAGAGAAUGGCACUGUGUAUUAAGGAAAAAGCCAACCGGAAACCAAUGUACUAGUUUUGAUGCCUACAGGCAUGUCUUGCCUACCGGAAACUAUCAUGUACCAAUUUUCAGAGUCUUCAGCAUCCAAACCAAUUGAAAUCAGAAGGAAGUAGUGUCCCAGCGAUGUACUAACCACUUGACUAGCAGCUCGUUGCCGUGAGCCGGCCAUUGAUAAUUGUGCCCAGAAUUGCGGGACUGGUGCGACAUCGGUCGAUUGGUUCCACGUGACAGGGACGCAGCAGCAGAAGAGAAGAAGCAUUAUUAUUCAGUGUCGAAGCCACCAUCUGCUACUCUGCUUGGUUGUGGUGCAUGCAGCCGGCCUGACUCUUUUGGUAUCAGCGGGCUGUACGUAAGACUGAGACGUCGGAUUAUUUCAGCUGGUGUUUGGAUAAGUUGGCACAGAGUCACGAUCCCUUGGGGUGUGUGUGGAAUCUAGAACAUGAUGAUUGGGGCUUGUCAUCAGAUUAGCAAGGAGGAGAAUCCUGCCUAACAUCAUGUGGCUGAUAAGUUUUUCAGGGCCCCGUGAUGCUUUAUCAAAUAUAUACGAGCAAACUGGGCCUAGUGGAAUUCUGAUUAUUUAUCAGGUAUCGACAGUUUACCAGUUGGGUUGGAUUAUACUAGUACAACAUUUGGCUGGAUUCUAUCGCACAGAAAGUCCAACGCGAGACCGUGAGUUGAUCAAAGAGAACAAAGGCUAAGGCACGAUAUGGCGGAGGGUGGAGCCGUUUGGCGUCAUGGUGGGUCUUGCAAGGUUAAUGCCUUAAUCUCUCUUGAAGAUGAAGUCGAGGAAGACGUGGGAGCAACCCCAUGUGAUGUGUGCGUGGGCGUGCGCUAAGAGUCUGUUUGACUGUAUGUGUUUUUCACCUGCUAUUAGGCGGUCUGAGAAGGCAUUUAGUUUUGGAUGAUUUGAGUUGAUGUAUUGUUACCCUCUUCAUCCCACUGUAGGUAUAGUAAGGUUGCUUCGAAUGCUAUUAGGCGGUCUGAGAAGGCAUUUAGUUUUGGAUGAUUUGAGUUGAUGUAUUGUUACCCUCUUCAUCCCACUGUAGGUAUAGUAAGGUUGCUUCGAAUUUGAUCUGUAGGUAUAGUAA